GGGAUUCUGUAUUUUCCUCCUAGUUGAAGUAGGAAGAUAGGCCUCUUUCUGGUGUUCACUGGAUCUUUGAAAUUCCCUCAGGGAAGCAGUGGCGCUCUGCUGGCACAGGGCUCCAAGGCGCAGGGCUCCACUGUACCUUUCACGUGGAGAGCAAAUGUCAGCGGUUCCUGCAGUGCUGUGUCUUCACAAGCAAAACCCGCAGGGGGGCCUGGAGCUGUUUGUCCAAAACUAAGUGCAAAGGGCUAGGGAACGUGGACUUUUUCAGACUGACUAUGUUGACAAGAUUCAUAACUCAGCCCUCUUCCUCCCUCUGCCAGUGUAGACGCAGACGCCUACAGGUAGAAGAGGUUUUUGACUCUGUUCGAAAGGGAGAAGUCAGGUGUGAUCCGCAGAAAAGUUCUGGCCCCAGCUCCCCGAUCUAUUCCUAGCGCAGAGAGGGCUUAAGCUAGGCUAUGAGCAUUCUCUCCUCUCUGUGUGAGGCUUCGAUCCCCAGGCCUCGCCCUUGAACUUCAUCCAGAGACCACAUGCAUUAUGGAAGCGUGAGCAAAAGGGACCGGGAUGUAGACUUCCUGCCUACCCAAGGGAACCUACUUCUCUUUGCGGUCCUGGAGCACAGGUGUCCGGAGAAAGGCAGCGAGCUAGGGACUCUGGGUGCUCGAGUGAACGCCGCCCUGAGCUGCGUGGCGCUAGGGGGAGGGAGGUUGGAAGAGCGCGUCUACGCUUUUCACGUCAACCUGCAAGCUAGCUGCUCGCUGCCCAGGUGCGGGUUCGCGGCUGCGUGCGCCCCACUUCAGCAGAGAGCAGCCGCAGCCUCGGCCUCGGCCACCACCGCUGCUGGGGAAGAGUCCUGGGGCUGCUGACGCGGUUGGGAGGAGCCUCGCCUUUAAUGCACCAGCCGCCUCCAGCCUCCUCCUGCAGCAGCAGCGGCAGCUGCGAGCGCGCGCGUGUGGGUGUGAGGGUGAGUGCGCUGGCGCCGGCUGCAGCGCCCUGCCCGGCUCCCCGCCGGCUGCCGAGCCCCCGCCAGCUCGAGCCGCCCUCCCGUGGGACCAGCACCCUCAUCCGGGCCGGGCUCGGACCAUGGUGCAGUCCCACUGGCUCCCCUGCCCCCCUCUCCUGUGAGACUGGCUGCGGGGAGGGAUCAUGGAUACUUGUCUGCCGGCUUCUGGUUCCCACGCAAGUAAGCCUGCUGUCAAUGGAGGAGGACAUUGAUACCCGCAAAAUCAACAACAGUUUCCUGCGCGACCACAGCUAUGCGACCGAAGCUGACAUUAUCUCUACGGUAGAAUUCAACCACACGGGAGAAUUACUAGCGACAGGGGACAAGGGGGGUCGGGUUGUAAUAUUUCAACGAGAGCAGGAGAGUAAAAAUCAGGUUCAUCGUAGGGGUGAAUACAAUGUUUACAGCACAUUCCAGAGCCAUGAACCCGAGUUCGAUUACCUGAAGAGUUUAGAAAUAGAAGAAAAAAUCAAUAAAAUAAGAUGGCUCCCUCAGCAGAAUGCAGCCUACUUCCUUCUGUCUACUAAUGAUAAAACUGUGAAGCUGUGGAAAGUCAGCGAGCGUGAUAAGAGGCCGGAAGGCUACAACCUGAAAGAUGAGGAGGGCCGGCUGCGGGAUCCUGCCACCAUCACCACCUUGCGGGUGCCUGUCCUGAGACCCAUGGACCUGAUGGUGGAGGCCACCCCGCGAAGAGUAUUUGCCAAUGCACACACAUAUCACAUCAACUCCAUAUCAGUCAACAGCGACUAUGAAACCUACAUGUCAGCUGAUGACCUGAGGAUUAACCUAUGGAACUUUGAAAUAACCAAUCAAAGUUUUAAUAUCGUCGACAUCAAGCCAGCCAACAUGGAGGAGCUCACAGAGGUGAUCACAGCGGCCGAGUUCCACCCCCAUCACUGCAACACCUUCGUGUACAGCAGCAGCAAAGGGACAAUCCGGCUGUGUGACAUGCGGGCGUCGGCCCUGUGUGACAGGCACACCAAAUUUUUUGAAGAGCCGGAAGAUCCAAGCAACAGGUCGUUUUUCUCUGAAAUCAUCUCUUCGAUUUCGGAUGUGAAGUUCAGCCACAGUGGGAGGUAUAUCAUGACCAGAGACUAUCUGACGGUCAAAGUGUGGGAUCUCAACAUGGAAAACCGCCCCAUCGAGACCUACCAGGUUCACGACUACCUCCGCAGCAAGCUGUGCUCCCUCUACGAAAAUGACUGCAUUUUUGAUAAAUUUGAAUGUGUGUGGAAUGGGUCAGACAGUGUCAUCAUGACGGGCUCCUACAACAACUUCUUCAGGAUGUUUGACCGAAACACCAAGCGCGAUGUCACCCUUGAGGCCUCGAGGGAAAACAGCAAACCCCGAGCUAUCCUAAAACCGCGCAAGGUGUGCGUGGGGGGCAAGCGGAGAAAAGACGAGAUCAGUGUCGACAGUCUGGACUUUAGCAAAAAGAUCUUGCAUACAGCUUGGCAUCCUUCAGAAAAUAUUAUAGCAGUGGCGGCUACAAAUAACCUAUAUAUAUUCCAGGACAAGGUUAACUAGGAGGACAAGUUAUUACUUAAUAAUCUCACAUACUGAGUACUAGUCAAACACGUUUUUAAAUGUUUCUUUGGGUGUUCAUUUGAUGCAUCGACUCUAAUUUCCCUCUGCAGGAAACAAAUGGAAUAGAAGUCCAUGGAGUCCAACCUUCCCAAAUCCCCAGUUCUAAGAAAUUUUGUCAAACCCAACAGGUUCUGGGACACUUCUGUUUAGAAUUGAGAGCUGCCAGCUAACAGUAAUUCUUCCAUAGCUGACUUGAAUUUCUGAUGCUUUUAUUGCCCCGUUUUCUCUGGUGGGUCCAGUGUUUUGUUUCUAGGUGUCUGCUGAGAUAAAAUGAGGUUGUCUGUAGUAUUUAAAGAGAAAAGAAAGAGAUACUUUUUUUUUUAAUUAAGCAACUCCAUUUGAUGAUUGAAAAAAAAUUCAACGAAAAAUAAACACCGUUUACUCUA